GUAAGGAAGUACCUAAAAGGGUAUAAACGGUCCCCAAUAUUUUUCUGUAGCUUGCUUAGGUUAACUGUAGCAGGUUAGGUACCGGUAUUCCGUAGUCGUAGGCAAAAGUACAUUUACAUCCCAAUUCGAAAAAGCGUUAUAUUCUAGACCGUUAAUUAAUCAACAACGGAACGCGAAGGAUCAGGUAAACCCUGCCUAUGCAUACUCUAGGUACGCAUUGCCCUAUACAUUAGGUAAGUAUAUACCUUAUAUAAGAUACCUAGGGUAUAUUCAAGCACGUCACCUAGGUAGUAUAGACUGUAUUAUAUUAUUAUCAGCAUGUAAACAAAAGACGAGUGGAGCAGUUAGGAACUUGUCUAACCUCGUGGACGAUAUCGAUUCGAGGAUCACCUUUCCAGGCGAGCCGAAUAAUCCCUGUAUAGUAAAUAUGAACUCAGUAUAAAACCGGUACGAUUUCUUCGCAUUUCUCACCCUCCCUCGUUUCCUUCCUCAAGUUCCAAGUUCGUCGAGGAAUCGGGAUUAAAAAACAUGCACGGCAUCACGAGAGGAACUGCUGCGGCAGCUCUGCAGCUCUUUUCUCUCUGCACCUCCCUUGCAUCAGCAAGCUCGCUGCCCAGCCAUGUCGAGAAGUUGAUAAGGAAACAAGUCCCUGCCGAGCCCACGGGCGUCAAGACCAUUAUAUCUCCAGGCGGCGUCACAAUCCGCUACAAGGAACCAGAGCUCGAAGGCGUAUGCGAGACCACUCCUGGAGUUAAUUCGUACUCGGGCUAUGUCGACCUCGAUGAGGAUACGCAUAUGUUUUUCUGGUUCUUCGAAGCCAGGACCAACCCCGAUGAGGCACCUAUUACCUUGUGGCUCAACGGAGGACCCGGUAGCGAUUCGCUAGUUGGGCUUUUCGAAGAACUUGGACCGUGCAACGUCACUCAUAAUGGUACUUCAGUCGUGAACCCUUACGCUUGGAAUGAAGUGAGCAAUCUUCUCUUCCUCUCCCAACCUAUUGGAGUCGGCUUCUCAUACGACGAUGCGGUUGUGGGAGUGAUCAACCAAACAACGGGGCUACCUGUCAACUCGUCCAACCCCGAUGGCCGAUAUAGCGAUGUUGACCCGUACCGUUUCGACACUACGGAUCUAGCUGCGAAGGGUACCUGGGAAGUCUUGCAGGCUUUCAUUCAGGAACUCCCAGUUCUGGACGAGACAGUCAAGUCUCGCAGUUUCAAUCUUUGGACCGAGAGUUACGGAGGUCAUUACGGUCCGGCCUUCUUUAAGUAUUUCUAUGACCAGAACAAGUUGAUCCAGGAUGGGAGUAUCCCUGGCGUUGAGCUCAGCAUGCAUACACUCGGUAUCAUCAAUGGAUUGAUAUCAGAGAGGAUCCAAGCACCUUAUUACCCAGAAAUGGCCUUCCGGAACACCUAUGGGAUCGAGACCGUGAACCAAACCAUCUACGACUACAUGAAGAUGAAUUACUAUUUCCUUGGUGGUUGCCGUGACUCAAUUGACUACUGCUUCCAACAAGAUCGCUCUACACCAGAUGGCAAGGCCGUGUGUUCACAGGCAACAGCGAUUUGCAGAAAUUUGGUGGAAGGGCCAUAUUACGCGGUCAGCGGGCGGAAUGCCUAUGAUAUCCGUGCCCAGAGUGAUGCUCAUAUCCCUCCUGGGUAUUGGGUAAAGUAUCUCAACCAAGCCAAGAUUCAGAACGCCAUAGGAGUUGAUAUCAACUACACAUCUAUAAGCAGCACCCAGAUCUACACGGGUUUUGAUUAUACUGGCGACUUUGUCUAUCCCAAUCUGCUAGAGGAUCUCGAGGCCCUUCUUUCCUACGACGUCCGGAUCGCAAUGGUAUACGGUGACGCUGAUUAUGUAUGCAACUGGAUGGGCGGUGAAGCCGUGUCGCUAGCGGUAAACUACACCCACCAGAAGGAAUUCAGAGAGGCAGGCUAUGCCCCAUUCAUUGUCGACGGCGUUGAAUACGGAGAGAGCAGGCAGUACGGUAACUUCAGCUUCACCCGAGUUUACGAAGCCGGACAUGAAGUGCCCUAUUAUCAGCCUAAAGCUGCUCUAGAGCUCUUUAGACGUGUAUUGGGAAACCUUGUCAUCGCCGAUGGAACGGAGCUUACGCCAACGUAUCAAAGUGAAGGCACAGCUAAUGCCACGCAUACAAACAGUUAUACGGCAUACUAUACGGGAAGGCCAGGAGAUUGGAAAAACUAAUAUAGCAUACUGCUAGAGUUGUAAUUCAUAAUCCCG